CGCAGCCUGACGAAGGAUUUCUUGCAGCGCCGCAUGAGUCCUUCAGCGUGCAUCCCAUUCCUCUGGCUCACAUUCGUCGGCAUCCUCUCGACCCUCAACGCCGACGCGGCAUUUUCUCACUCAAGGAGCUUCGCCACCCUCCCGGUCUUCUCGAGGUCACUGCGAGCAGGCAGGGCCCGACAGAGCCAGCCACCUCUCGCCACAGCAACCCGCAGCUCCAGGACAUCUAGCCAGCCACCUCUCGCCUGUGUGUCGUCGGCUCUCUGCGCCGCUGGGAUGAGUGCGCUGAAGCGCGGCCUUGUCGAAUCUGCGGUGGUGGCGUUGGGUGUCAAUGGCUUGGGGUUCGCCAUUUCAGCCAUCACAGGCACUCAGAAGAUUACAGAUCUAUUCGGUCCGUGCCCUCCCUUCUGACGCGAGAAGGGCAGAUGGGCAAUCGAAUCGAUGGGCAGACUCGCAUCGCAUCAUGCUGUUUUGUUUCCUGUCGCUGGCUGCAGGUACUGGUUGCUUCGUUCUGACAGCGCUCAACAGCUUCCGUAGCGCAGGGGUGCCCAUCGACAUAGCCAGCCGCCCGGCAUUCCUCACAGCGGCCGUGUCCCUGUGGGGGACGAGAUUGGCGUCGUUUCUGUUCAACCGGAUCCUCAAGACCGGCGAGGACACACGCCUCACCGACCAGUUUCAGAGCACUGGCGGGCUGGCCGCAUUCUGGACCGCUCAAACAGUCUGGUACUUCCGCAACACAUACACGGGAGGAAACAAACGGACAGACAGUGAGAAGUACGUCAUGCUUUCGCUCUGCACACGUGGUGGUGUGGGUGCCAUGCAGGUGUUGGCUGUCGCUGCUGCCAUCGACGGUGGCCGUGUACAGCAAGGCAGCCACCUCGUUGACGCGAUGGGACGCCUUCGGCAUCGCGCUCUUCUCCCUAGGGUUCGCAUUCGAGACCAUUGCCGACAACCAGAAGUGGGCCAAGAAGCAGCGGGAGAUGAAGGGUGAGGCGGCCAAGGGGAAGGGCGACAAGGCCGCCAAGUGGAUGGACGAGGGCCUCUGGCGGCUCUGCAGAUAUCCCAACUACUUUGGUGAGUGUGCCUGCGGCGGCCUGGUUUGCAUGAUCUAUUGUUUCUGUGUGAACGUCAGGGGAGAUAUGUGUGUGGAGCGGUUUGUAUGCCGUCGCCGUGCCGGCCCUCUAUCAGGCGUAUGGACCUAAGAUGGUGCGCUCUUGCCAGCCACUGGCAGACAGACAGACAGACAGACAAUGCUGCUGCAGUGCACAUUCGCGAUUCCUUUGUCUGUCCGGUUUUCCUCAGGUGGCGUUGGGUGCCUUGUCGCCCGCCUUCGUCUCGUCCCUGCUGCUGUUCGUGUCGGGAGUGCCGUUGGCUGAGAAGAGGGCAGACAAGCGAUUUGGCGACGACCCUCAGUAUCAGGAGUACAAGAAGAGCACACCCUUGAUCAUUCCCGACCUCACCAAGGUCUUCAAAUAGACACCUCGCUGCCUUUCUGUGGAGGCGCUGUGUUGUAUAGCCAUGUGGGUGUGUGCGCU